AACAACAAGGGUGUUCACACUGAGAGGGACGACGAAAAAAAUUCUAAACAAACAAAAAAACCCCAAGCAAAAUAAGGCCAACACAGAGCCUGAGUCUCCUGAGGCAAAGUUCCUUCUGCAGUGACUGUGAAAGAUCAAUAACUUUGUCAAAACUUGACAAAACAAUUCCAUGUGCAAUAUGAGUCGUCCAAAACGGAAAUUAUCAUCCUCACACGCACCUGCACCUGAACCUGCACCUGCCCCUGCUUCUGCAUCUGCAUCUGAGUCUGCAUCUGCUUCUGCAUCUGCCUCUGCUCCAGAGGCCCCUCCAGACCUGUACAAGCUUAUCCUUGAGAAAGGCCGUUACCCUCCUUUGAUGCAAGAGUCAUCAUGGACUUUGGCAGCUCCAUUCAAGGAACAGUGUCACUACCGGAACCCGAGUGACUCCAUAGCUAAUAACUACACUCCCACUGCACAGGAUUUAAGAUUGAAGGAUUUGGAAAAAGUCCAGUCCGUUUCAAUGACAUCUCUAUCACAGGCUUCACCACCUGCUAGGAAAAAGCGUCGGCGGAGUUCUGAUAGUACUUUGUUAAAGAGUUCGAAUCCCAUUUCACUGAGUGCACCUGCUCAUACACCAGACCUGCAUGUCACAAAUUUUACAGACGACCAGCCACUCACCCCAGAAGAACAAUUUGCUCUCAUGGAUUUACAUGAGAAGGAGAUAAGUAAGCGAGAAAAGCCGCCUUCAGUUAAUGAUAUAGAGCGGUACUGCCACUACAUCUAUAAAGGAGUGCGGGAAGAUAUGCUGGCACCUCAGGAGAAAGAAGUGGUGAAUAGAAUUUUACAACAUAUUCCAACUCACAUUAUCACCAGCCCAGAGCUGCAGAAGGUACUUGCAAAAUUAAAGGARGAGAUUAAGACAGACUAUUGUAUCGGCCUCAUGAAAUCCAUUGUUGAUUAUGUCUUGUUGGAUCCAGCUGAGAGGAAGAGACUGUCCAUUCGAAGAACCCCGCGCCCUUUUCCCCGCAGAAUUGUCUGUGGACCUGUCCCAUGGCACAGCUCUUACAAAGAAACCAAAAGYUGGAAUGAAAGUAAUCUGUUCAUAGUGAAUUCAUUGAUGUCCACUCUGCAAGAGCUCUGGGUUACACAGUACAGCCAGCUGCGGUUUGUUCGCACGGCAGAGGUGCUUUCUGGAGAGCUGCCCCUGCUGCCGGCGGUGCUGGAGGACAUCGUUCAAAGGCACUGUGUGCAAGCUCGUGAAGCCCUGCAGAACAAGUGGAUCCCAACUUGUGCAUCUCUUUUCAUUGACCAGAAAAAGAAAUGGCUUCCUUUUGCUCCUGAAAGCGACUCUGAUUCCUCUGAGAAAGUUGAGAGCUAUUUUAAUUCUGUGGCAAGCCUGAUGUCGUUACAAUUGCGUGAGAUGGUUGUUAACUCCUUAGAAGACCUUCUUGCAUUCUUUAUGAUCCACAAGGAUGGAAACGAUUUUACAGAACCAUAUGAAAGAGUGAAGUUCUUCAUAUCUCAGAUCCUCACAAUCAAACUCCGUGUGGACGAACCCAAUAUUGUCUUUGAGCCACCUUUGAGUGCAUGUUGGGAUUUAAUCAGCAGUUUCUUCAUGGAGAUCCUGCAGAGUGCUGAGGAACUGCCAAAGGUAGAAAAACUUCUAUUUCCAGACUUACAAAGAGAUGAUCUCACGCUUAAUACAGUCAAACCACAUGAAUCAUUGUUUAAAGAGUAUAUAAACAAAGUUGAAAAGAUCUUUGAGAGCAACACACUUGGUCCAAAGAAGUAUUUAAAUGUGUACAAGAAAUACARCAAUCUUUUGAACAACAAUUCGAAGAAGGAGGUCACAAAUUUCUUGGAGAAAAAUCCUUCUUUAGAGGCUUUGACUGAGAAGAUUGACAAGUUCACAGAUCUGAAAAACGAGAUUGCUUCUAUGGAUGUCACUGUUCCUCUGUCCAUGUUCUGUUUGGAUGCUGCACAGCUGAAUGAGGARCUCUGCAGUCGGACCCAGCAUCUGAAAGACACAUUGAUUGAAUUUGAAGUGCUGGAAAACAGAAGGUUAAAUCAAAGAAUUUGUGAUGAUUUUAGCUUCAUUGCAAAGAGAAUGAGUGAGGUGCCUCAGAACACUGAGCAGCUAGUGGAUUAUGAAGCAUUCUUACAGAAAUCCAGUAAAGUAACUGUUGUUAGACUGCAAAAGGAGCUCUUCAAAGCAUCWUGCAGACUGCAAGUUCUCAUGGACUAUGCUGAUCUGUCUGAUGAUGACAUAAACCUGAACGGCGCAAUUUUCCAAUGGCCUGAGGAGAUAAGGCAAAUAUUUGAAAGCAGUAAAGAUAUGUUGUCUGACAAGAGGGUUGAGGUAGAGAAUGCAUUGAUUGAAAGGUGUGCUCAGUUUAGGGAAACUCUUGAAGUUUAUCAUAAAGAGCUACAAAGCUUCAAGAGGCGGGGGGAUAUCGUCACUGCAGAAGAACUGAGGAAGAAUGCUGAGAAACUYGAGGAGUUAAAUAAGAAUAUAGAUAAGGCACUAACAGAAUUUGAGGGUAUCAAUUAUGAACAAGAUUUGCUUGGGCGGGAGAAGACUCAGUUUCCUCUGUUGCAAUCUAUCAUGUCAGCCAAAGAACCCUUUGAGCAGCUUUGGCUAACAGCAUACAGCUUCCAUACCAAAUCUGAGGAAUGGAUGAAUGGAUCUCUUCGGCAGCUGAAUGCUGAUGAAAUCAGUGAUGAAGUUGGGAACAUGUGGAGGACCAUGUACAAGCUGAGUAAGGGUUUCCCAGAUGCUCCUGUGCCCMGGCGCAUGGCAGAGUCCAUCAAAUUCAAGCUGGAUAAAUUCAAGCAGCAUCUCCCUGUCCUGUCUGUUGCCUGCAACCGUGGGAUGAAGGAGAGRCACUGGGAACAGAUUAGUCAAAUUGUAGGAUGCGAGAUCAAACCGGAUGAAAAAACGAGCCUUAAAAACAUAUUGGACUGUGGACUCUCAAAAUUCAUUGAAGAAAUAGAACCUGUUGGAGCAGCUGCAAGUAAGGAGUAUUCCUUGGAGAAAUCAAUAGAGAAAAUGAAAUCGGAGUGGGUCAAUGUGCAGUUUGGCUUGGUGAAGUACAGGGAAAGUGACACCAACAUCCUGUCAGCAGUGGAUGACAUCCAGCUCUUGCUGGAUGAUCACAUUGUGAAGACUCAGACAAUAUGUGGCUCUCCCUUCAUCAAACCAAUAGAAGUGGAAUGCUUGGCUUGGAGAGAUAAGCUSUGUUUAAUGCAAGAUAUUAUAGAUAACUGGUUAAAAUGUCAGGCAACAUGGUUGUAUUUGGAACCAAUUUUUAGUUCAGAAGACAUUAUAGCCCAAAUGCCUGAAGAGGGUAGAAAGUUUAAGAUUGUGGAUUCGUACUGGAAAAACAUUAUGGUAGAAGUGGUGAAAGACACAAAGGUGCUUGUAGCAACUGAACAACCCCAGAUGUUAGARAGACUUCAGGAAGCAAAUAGUCUCUUGGAGGACAUUCAGAAGGGGCUGAAUACUUACUUGGAGACGAAAAGAUUAUUUUUCCCAAGAUUCUUUUUUCUGUCUAAUGAUGAGCUGCUUGAAAUACUGUCUGAAACAAAGGAUCCACUACGAGUACAACCACAUUUGAAGAAGUGUUUUGAAGGAAUUGCUAAACUGGAGUUCACAGAAGAUCUGGAGAUCAUAGGGAUGAUAAGUUCAGAGAACGAAGUUGUUCCUUUCAUCRAUAAAAUCUAUCCAGUGAAAGCAAAUGGCAUGGUAGAAAAAUGGCUUCUGCAAGUAGAAGAGAUGAUGUUGGCCAGUGUAAGACAAGUUCUUCAAGAUGGUUUAAAUGGAUACAGCCAGGUUCCUCGAAAAGAGUGGGUACUSCAGUGGCCUGGACAGGCAGUUAUCUGUGUUUCAUCCAUUUACUGGACAGAAGAAGUGUCUGAGGCUAUAAGGAAAAAUGCUUUACAAGAUUUCUUGGAGAAAAGCAAUCUGCAGAUCAGGGACAUAGUGGAGCUGGUGAGAGGAAAGCUGUCCAGUGGAGCCAGGCUGACCCUGGGAGCUCUCAUUGUCAUCGAUGUGCACGCUCGUGAUGUGGUCUCAAAAUUGGUUGACGACAAAAUCAUAGAUCUGAAUGACUUCCAGUGGAUUUCUCAGCUGAGAUACUACUGGGAGGAGAAUGAUGUAGUGGUACGAAUGAUCACMACAGAAAUGAAAUAUGGUUAUGAGUAUCUGGGCAAUUCCCAGCGUCUGGUUAUAACCCCCCUAACAGAUCGAUGUUACAGGACAUUAAUGGGUGCCUUGAAAUUAAGUCUUGGUGGUGCUCCAGAAGGGCCUGCUGGAACUGGCAAAACAGAAACAACAAAAGAUCUUGCAAAAGCCAUAGCUAAGCAGUGUGUUGUGUUCAAUUGCUCUGAUGGUUUGGAUUACAAAGCAAUGGGCAAGUUCUUCAAGGGGCUGGCACAAGCUGGGGCCUGGGCCUGCUUUGAUGAGUUCAAUAGAAUUGAGGUUGAAGUAUUAUCUGUAGUUGCCCAACAAAUACUUAGCAUCCAGCAAGCGAUUAUUCGCAAACUCAAAAAAUUCAUCUUUGAAGGGACAGAGAUCUCUCUUAAUCCCACRUGUGCUGUGUUUAUUACCAUGAAUCCUGGCUAUGCUGGACGGGCAGAGCUGCCUGAUAAUCUGAAGGCGUUGUUCCGAACAGUUGCCAUGAUGGUYCCAGAUUAUGCCUUGAUUGGGGAAAUUUCACUUUAUUCAAUGGGAUUUCUGGACUCCAAGAGCCUUGCCCAGAAGAUUGUUGCCACGUACCGUUUGUGCUCAGAGCAGUUGUCAUCUCAGCACCACUACGAUUACGGGAUGCGUGCGGUGAAAUCGGUGCUGACAGCAGCAGGGAACCUAAAACUGAAAUACCCAACAGAAAAUGAAAGUGUGCUGUUGCUUCGGGCRUUGCUGGAUGUUAAUUUGGCCAAGUUCUUGUCCCAGGAUGUGCCRUUGUUUCAGGGUAUCAUAUCUGACCUGUUUCCUGGAGUGGUUCUUCCUACACCAGACUAUGGCCUAUUUAUCAAAGCACUAACUGAAAAUAUUGAAAAACUGAAUCUUCAACCAGUUCCAUGGUUCAUUGGAAAAAUUAUUCAGGUCUAUGAAAUGAUGCUGGUGCGCCACGGCUUCAUGAUUGUUGGGGAUCCCAUGAGUGGGAAGAGCAGUUCCUACAAAGUGCUGGCUGGAGCCCUGGCUGAUUUGCAUGCAGCAAACGCCAUGGAUGAAUUUGCUGUUGAAUACAAAGUCAUUAAUCCCAAAGCCAUCACCAUGGGGCAGCUGUAUGGCAGUUUUGAUCCUGUGAGUCACGAGUGGUCAGAUGGAAUUCUUGCCAAGGCCUUCAGGGAACAAGCAUCUUCCACCACRGACGAUCGCAAGUGGAUUAUUUUUGAUGGCCCAGUGGAUGCAGUUUGGAUAGAGAACAUGAACACUGUGCUGGAUGAUAAUAAAAAGUUAUGCUUAAUGAGUGGUGAAAUMAUUCAGAUGAGUUCCAAAAUGAGUUUAAUCUUUGAGCCGGCGGAUUUAGAGGAGGCSUCUCCAGCAACUGUGAGCAGGUGUGGUAUGAUCUACAUGGACCCCCUGCAGUUAGGCUGGAAGCCACUGAAGGAUUCCUACCUGAAAACUCUGCCUGCAAACCUGGAGGAGGAGCACCGAGAGCUGGUCAACAGCUUGUUCAUGUGGCUGGUYGAGCCCUGUUUAGAUUUCAUUAACCAUCAUUGCAAAGUCAUUGURAAAACGUCCUCUAUUCACCUGAGUUACAGCCUGAUGAGACUCUAUAGUUCUCUCCUUGAUGAAAUAAAGGAAGCUGAUGAUGAGGAGGGUGAAACCCUGUCAAAUCAGCAAAUCACCGCAUGGCUGCAGGGCCUUUUCCUUUUUGCUUUGGUGUGGACAAUUGGAGGGAUCAUCGAUGCAGAGAGCAGAAGAAAAUUUGAUCCAUUUUACCGCAACUUGCUGUCAGGAACCAAUGAGGAACACCCACGGCCUAAAAAYGUGAAGCUUACCAAUAACAACCUCUUCCCACAGAAAGGGAGUGUUUAUGACUUCUAUUUUCACAAGUAUGGCCAUGGGCAGUGGAACACGUGGACAGACUACAUCUCAAAGGAAGAGCAAGUUAUCGAUGCAGGGGCCAAGGUAUCUGAGCUGAUCAUUCCCACCACGGAAACUGCCAGACAAAUGUUUUUUCUUAAAACAUAUGUGGAGCAUAAUGUCCCUUUGCUUUUUGUGGGUCCCACUGGCACUGGAAAAACAGCUAUAACAAACAAUUUUCURCUAAAACUUCCAAAGGAAAAAUAUGUCCCAAGUUUCAUCAACUUCUCUGCAAGAACCUCUGCUAACCAAACCCAGGAUAUUAUUAUGUCCAAGCUGGACAGAAGAAAAAAAGGAUUAUUUGGACCUCCUACAGGGAAAGAAGCUAUAAUUUUUGUGGAUGACCUGAACAUGCCUGAGAAGGAGGUGUAUGGAGCUCAGCCAGCCAUUGAGCUGCUCAGGCAGUGGAUCGACCACGGGCACUGGUACGACAGGAAGGAUGCAUCCCAAAUCCAGAUCAUCGAUGUGCUGCUGGUGUCAGCCAUGGGUCCCCCUGGGGGAGGCAGGAAUGACAUCACAGGACGCUUCACACGACACUUGAACAUUGUCUCUAUCUGUUCUUUCACUGAUGACACUUUGAGCAAGAUUUUUACAGCAGUUACUGACUGGCACUUCAGCAAAGGCUUUGAUUCUUCAUUUCUGAGGCUGGGUAAGAUGAUGGUUCAAGCGACAUCAGUGCUUUAUAAAUUGGCAGUUGAUAAUUUUCUCCCAACUCCUUCCAAAUCCCACUAUGUCUUUAAUCUACGGGAUUUUUCCAGGGUUAUUAAAGGAGUUCUGCUCUGUCCACACACUCAUUUGCAAGAUGGAGAUAAACUGAUCAGACUUUGGGUUCAYGAGGUUUACAGAGUUUUCUACGAUCGCUUAGUUGAUGAAGAUGACAAGAAGGUUUUCUUUCAGAUGGUACAAGAGACAACUUUAAAUAACUUCAAGCAGAAGUUUAAUAAGGUCCUGGGCCAUCUCUCACCUUCUGGAACUGUCACUGAUGACAAUAUUCGGGCUCUGUUCUUUGGAGAUUAUUUAAAGCCUGGCAGCACUGUCAGGAUUUAUGAUGAAAUCACAGACUUAAAGCAGCUGACAAACGUGAUGGAAUUCUACCUGGAGGAGUACAACACCAUGAGCAAGGCUCCAAUGUCCUUGGUGAUGUUCCAGUUUGCCAUUGAGCACAUCUCCAGGAUAUGCAGGGUGCUCAAACAGGACAAUGGGCACCUGCUGCUGGUGGGUGUUGGUGGCAGUGGCAGGCAGAGUGCCACCAAGCUUGCCACCUUCAUGAAUUCCUUUGAGCUYUUCCAGAUUGAAAUCACCAAAUCCUAUGGCAUCACAGAAUGGAAGGAUGACAUCAAACAAGUCAUGCUGAAAGCAGGUGUUGGUAACACCAACGUGUCCUUUUUGUUCUGUGAUAACCAAAUAAAGGAUGAAUCCUUUGUGGAAGACAUCAACAUGCUUCUGAAUACUGGUGAUGUGCCUAAUAUCUUUGCAGCAGAUGAGAAGGCUGAAAUUGUUGAGAAAAUGCAAAGUGCAGCAAGGCUGGAGAACAGGAAAAUUGAAGCCACUCCUCUUGCUAUGUACAGUUUCUUUAUUGAAAGGGUGAAGAAAAAUUUGCAUAUUGUCUUAGCCAUGAGUCCUAUUGGAGAUGCAUUUCGGAAUCGAUUACGGAUGUUCCCUUCCCUGAUAAAUUGCUGCACCAUUGAUUGGUUCCAAACCUGGCCUACAGAUGCUUUGGARAUGGUUGCUAACAAGUUUUUAGAAGAUAUUGAGCUCAAGGAUGACGUUAGAAAAGAGGUUGUGUCACUGUGCAAAUAUUUCCAAGAAAGUGUGAGAGAUCUGUCUGUCAGCUACUACGACACCCUGCGCAGACACAACUACGUGACACCAACUUCCUACGUGGAGCUGAUCCUCACCUUCAAGACUCUGCUGAACAGGAAAAGGGAAGAAGUGGACACCAUGAGAACUCGUUAUCUUACGGGRCUUGAAAAGCUUGAAUUUGCAUCUUCACAGGUUGCAUUGAUGCAGAAAGAACUGACAGACCUUCAGCCUGAACUGAUUAAAACUUCUGCAGARACAGAAAAAAUGAUGGUCAAGAUUGAAAAGGAAACAGUGGAAGUCGAUGCAAUAAAGAAAGUGGUGGCAGCAGAUGAAAAGGAGGCCAAUGAUGCAGCUGCUGUGGCCCAGGGGAUUAAGGAUGAAUGUGAAGCUGACCUGGCCGAGGCUCUGCCAGCUCUGGCUGCAGCAGAGGCAGCUCUUGACACCCUGAAUCCCUCUGACAUCACCCUGGUGAAAUCCAUGCAGAAUCCUCCUGGGCCUGUCAAGCUGGUGAUGGAGAGCAUCUGCAUCAUGAGGUCMAUCAAACCUGAGAGGAAGCCUGACCCCAGUGGCAGUGGUAAAAUGGUGGAAGACUUCUGGGGSCCAGCUAAAAAGCUCCUUUCAGAUAUUAAGUUCCUUGACAGAUUGAAGUCAUACGACAAGGAUAAAAUUCCUCCUCCUAUAAUGAAGAGAAUYAGAGAGAAGUUUAUGAACCAUCCAGAUUUCCAGCCAGAGGUGGUGAAAAACGUCUCCUCUGCCUGUGAAGGGCUGUGCAAGUGGGUGAGGGCCAUGGAGGUGUACGACCGCGUCACCAAAGUGGUGGCCCCGAAACGCGAGCGCCUGCAGGAGGCUGAGGGAAUCCUGGAUGUGCAAAUGCAGAAGCUGAGAGUCAAACAAGCAGCACUCAAAGAGGUGAUGGAUCGCCUUCAGGCUYUGAAAGAUGAGUUUGACCAAAUGAAUGAGAGGAAGAGAGAUUUAGAAAAUAACAUUGAGCGCUGCUCGCAAAAGCUGGUGAGAGCUGAGCAGCUGAUCAGYGGGCUGGGUGGAGAGAAGGAGAGGUGGACUGAGGCUGCACGGGUGCUGGGAUUCCAGUACAUUGACCUGGUGGGGGAUGUGUUGUUGUCAUCAGGAACUGUGGCUUAUUUGGGAGCCUUUACUGUGGAUUAUCGCCUGCAGUGUCAACAGCAGUGGCACAGCCUGUGCAAGGAAAAGAACAUUCCCUGCUCCAGUGAUUUCAGCCUCAGUAACACCUUAGGGGACCCAGUCAAAAUCCGAGCGUGGCAGAUUGCUGGCUUGCCAGUUGAUUCUUUCUCCAUUGACAAUGGUAUAAUUGUUUCUAACUCAAGAAGAUGGGCUUUAAUGAUCGAUCCUCAAAGGCAAGCUAACAAGUGGAUAAAAAAUAUGGAGAAAUCYAACAGGCUGUCAGUUAUCAAAUUAUCUGACACACAUUAUGUGAGGACAUUAGAAAGUGCUCUUCAGCUUGGAACUCCAGUCUUGCUAGAAAAUAUUGGUGAAGAGUUAGAUGCUUUCUUAGAACCCAUUUUAUUAAAGCAAACAUUYAAACAACAAGGAGUGGAAUACAUGAAAUUAGGGGAAAAUAUACUUGARUAUUCAAGAGACUUCAGGUUUUACAUGACAACCCACUUAAGAAAUCCUCAUUAUUACCCUGAAGUGGCUGUGAAAGUUUGUCUMCUCAAUUUCAUGAUUACACCUUUGGGUCUCCAGGACCAGCUUCUUGGAAUUGUAGCUGCCAAGGAAAAGCCUGAGCURGAAGAAAAGAAAAACCAACUCAUUGUAGAAAGUGCAGCCAAUAAGAAACAACUAAAGGAAAUAGAAGAUAAAAUCCUGGAGGUCCUUUCCCAUUCAGAAGGAAACAUCUUAGAGGAUGAAACAGCAAUUAAUAUUUUGUCUUCAUCCAAAGAAUUAUCUGCAGAAAUUUCUGAAAAGCAAAAAAUUGCCUCUGUAACUGAGCAGGAAAUAGAUUCCACUCGAAUGGGAUAUAAGCCAGUUGCUGUUCAUUCCUCUGUUGUGUUCUUCUGCAUCUCUGAUCUGGCAAACAUUGAACCCAUGUACCAGUAUUCCUUGAUUUGGUUCAUUAACYUGUACGUUCAAUCUAUUGCUAAAAGCAAAAAGAGUGGACGUCUGGAGCAGAGAAUUACCAACAUAACAGAGCAUUUCACAGUGAGCAUCUACAACAAUGUGUGUCGUUCAUUGUUUGAGAAGGACAAGCUGCUCUUCUCCUUCCUCCUGACCGUGGGCAUCAUGAAGGGCAAAGGGCAGAUUGACGACGCCGUUUGGCGUUUCCUGCUGACAGGAGGGGUGGCUUUGGACAAUCCUCACCCCAAUCCUGCUCCAGACUGGCUCUCUAACAAAUCAUGGGCUGAAAUCGUGMGGGCAUCGAGCCUGACAAACCUGCAGGGGCUGAUGGAACACGUGAGAGACAAUUCSUGCAAGUGGAAGCCCAUCUAUGACUCGGUGAGACCCCACGAGGAGGAGUUCCCCGAUUCCUGGGGCGCCCUGACGGGCUUGGAUCGCAUGGUGAUCCUGCGGUGUCUGCGCCCCGACAAAAUCAUCCCCGCCGUGCAGAUCUUCAUUGUGGACAACAUGGGGAGAACCUUCAUUGAACCACCCACGUUUGAUCUUGGGAGAAGUUACAGUGACUCAAACUGCUGUGCCCCUUUGAUUUUUAUAUUGUCACCGGGUGCUGAUCCUAUGGCAGGUCUGCUGAAAUUUGCUGAUGAUGUGAACAUGGGAAGCACAAGCAUUCAAACGGUUUCGCUUGGCCAGGGCCAGGGCCCAAUAGCAGAAAAAAUGAUUUACCAGGCAAUUACUGAUGGAACCUGGGUGGUGCUGCAAAACUGCCACCUUGCAACCAGCUGGAUGCCUGCCUUGGAAAAAAUCUGUGAGGARGUGAUAGUGCCUGAGAAUACCAAUGACAAUUUCAGGUUGUGGUUAACGAGUUACCCAUCAGAUAAAUUUCCUGUGAGUAUCCUGCAGAAUGGCAUCAAAAUGACCAAUGAGCCUCCCAAGGGUGUGAGAGUGAACCUCCUUCGUUCAUACCUGAACGAUCCCAUCUCCGACCCCGUGUUCUUCAGGAGCUGCCAAAAGCCAAAAAUGUGGCAAAAACUGCUUUUUGGCCUUUGCUUUUUUCAUGCUGUUGUGCAGGAAAGGAGAAACUUUGGCCCACUGGGUUGGAAUAUUCCCUACGAGUUCAACGAGUCUGACCUCAGGAUCAGCAUGCAGCAGAUCCAGAUGUUUCUGAAUGAAUAUGAAGAAAUCCCCUUUGAAGCUCUGACCUAUCUGACAGGGGAGUGUAACUAUGGAGGCAGAGUGACAGAUGAUAAAGACAGGCGCCUGCUGCUGUCCCUGCUCUCCAUCGUGUACAACAAGGACAUCGAGCAGGAGAGGUACAUGCUGGCAGCUGGAGGGGACUACUACAUUCCACCACAUGGCCCAUAUGAGUCUUACCUUGAAUACAUACGAAGUUUGCCAAUCACAACACACCCUGAAGUGUUUGGCCUUCAUGAAAAUGCAGACAUCACCAAGGAUAACCAGGAGACGAACCAGCUUUUCGAUGCAGUGCUCCUGACUUUGCCUAGACAAGCAGGGGGAGCUGGCAAAUCCCCUCAGGAAGUUGUUGACGAGUUGGCACAGGACAUCCUGUCCAAGCUACCAAACAGCUUUGACAUGGAAGAGGUGAUGAAGGCAUAUCCAGUGCUUUAUGAAGAGUCCAUGAAUACAGUGCUUAGGCAAGAACUCAUUCGAUUCAACAGGYUGACUGAAGUUGUUCGGAGCAGCCUCAUCAAUAUAGGCAAGGCCAUUAAAGGCCAAGUGUUGAUGUCUUCUGAGCUUGAAGAUGUUUUCAACAGCAUGCUCAUGGGAAAAGUGCCAUCCAUGUGGGCUGCCAAAUCCUACCCAUCCCUGAAGCCUCUGGGAAGUUACGUGUCCGAUCUCCUCUGUCGUUUGGAAUUCUUCCAGGAUUGGGUUGACAAUGGGUCACCCACAGUCUUUUGGCUCUCAGGAUUYUUCUUCACUCAGUCUUUUCUGACUGGUGUUUUACAAAACUUUGCCAGAAAAUACACCAUCCCMAUCGACCACAUUGGAUUUGAAUUUGAGGUGAUGAAACAGGAGGACACAAUGGAGAAAAUGCCAGAAGAUGGGGCUUAUGUGAAAGGUCUUUUUUUGGAAGGUGCACGAUGGGAUAGAGAAUCCUCAGUAAUUGGAGAAUCACUACCAAAAAUCCUUUACGAUCCUUUGCCCAUAAUAUGGCUGAAACCUGGAGAAAGUUCCAAAUUCCUUCAUCUGAACAUCUAUUCAUGCCCUGUGUACAAGACAAGUGAAAGAAGAGGUGUUUUAUCCACCACUGGGCACUCMACCAACUACGUGCUGUCGAUUGAGCUCCCUUCAGACAAACCCCAGAAGCACUGGAUCAACCGAGGCGUGGCAGCCCUGUGCCAGCUGGACGACUGACAGGGCAGGGCUGAAACUCUAAAGAUCUGCUUUACCCCUCCAUGGCUGCAUGUUGUUCUUUUUAUGAAAUGGGGCCUAAAGAGGUUUGAUGCUGAUUUGAAUGGGAAUCUACUUCACAAAUCUUGCAAAUAAGAUGGUGGAUUUGUUUACCACUUCAGUGUCCCAGGAGUGUGCAGGAUGAGGAGGGAGGAGAUGAGAAUAUUCUGUUGUCAACAUUUGAAACCAACCCUUCAGUCCUCAGGUAGAAUGAACUACCAGAGCUCUAUCAUAAAACCAUAGCCAUUCCUUGAUGAUGUGUGUCAGAAUUUCCAUGGAAAUUCUAGCACAUGUGUUGGGAGCCUGCCUGUUCUCAGAACAGUAUGUUUGUGCUGUCAUUUUGUCACUUUUUGUUUUUCAGUAUUAUUAGCUACAUCUUCAGGUACCUGGUACAUGGAGCUGUUUUCUUCCUCCAUUUACAGCCCCACACAGACACUCACAC